AGUAGUGCAAGCAAAGCAAAGCAAACACCCCACUUUAUUUUUUAUUUUUUUUCAGUCUAAAACUCGCUCACUGAUUCCUCUCUGUCUGUAAAAAAUCUGCUUUUUUCACUCACUCUCUCUCUCCUCUCAACCCUUUUUAUGCUCCUCACUACUGCUAUAACCUCAUGUUUUGUGCUUCAUUCACUUCCCAAACAUUCUGCAAAACUCUCUCUCUCUCUCUCUUUGCUCCUCCCUUCUUCAUAUCCUCCACUAGUUAAAAUUUUUUAAUUCCAAAAAAUCCUCUAUUUUCUUAGCUCUGAUAACACCAUUUCUCUUAGUAUUUUUGUCUUUUGCCGUUGAAGGUAUACUGUAGCUAGCGAGUGUUGACUCUUUUCUCUCAAUUAAGUUCAUUUCCUUCUCAAGAAAUGCAGAUAGUGAAGUAUUUGAAGAUAGAGGUUCUCAUUAUGGCCAGCUUCUCAAUAGUGUUUGCUCCAAAAAGAGAGGACAAUUAUUAAGCAAAAAAAAAAAACAUCUUAGGAAUUCUUUAGUCAGCAGCCAAAUACUUUAAUUUAAUCAUUUAGUUCUUCUAAAUCUCUUGUGACUCGUUCCAUCUCUUUUGGUCUCCAAAAAAAGAAAAACACUGUAUAUACAAAAAGGCAUAGAGAUAGAGAGACAAGGGGGGCUAGAAAUGGAAAUUCCAAGUCAAGAAGUGGAGAUUCCAAUUCCAAUCCCAAUUAACAGCACAUAUGGUGGGGGACAUGGUCAUGGCCAUGGACAUGGGCACAUGAUCCAUCAUGACUCUGCAGCGCACAACCAUAUUAUACCUGCAGCUCCAGCAUCAACACAAAUGCCCUCAAAUGGCCCCAUAUCCUCCACACUUGAGGACCAUGUCCCCUAUAAGAAAAUGGUGAGGUAUAGGGAGUGCCUUAAGAACCAUGCAGCUUCAAUGGGUAGUAAUGCCACUGAUGGCUGCGGAGAAUUCAUGCCCAGCGGAGAAGAAGGCACUUUAGAAGCCUUAACUUGCUCAGCCUGCAACUGCCAUAGAAACUUCCAUAGAAAAGAAGUUGAAGGAGAGCCAUCUCCUUGUGAUUUCUACCAAAAUCCAAGAAUGGGAAGGAAAUAUUUUUUAGGACACCAUAAAGGGAUUUUGGGGCCUGAUGCAUUGGGUUAUCAUACUGGGACACUGAUUUCCUCUAGAGCAGUGGCACCACAUCAGAUGAUAAUGUCCUACAACAUGGGAUCACUGCCCUCAGAGUCAGAUGAGCAGGAGGAGGGUGGAGGAGGUGGUGGUGGGGUGGUGACCCGGCCAACUCAGCUGGUGAAGAAGAGGUUCAGAACAAAGUUCACUCAAGAACAAAAGGAGAAAAUGCUAAACUUUGCUGAGAAAGUUGGAUGGAAAUUACAAAAACAAGAAGAAGCUGUGGUGCAACAAUUCUGUCAAGAAGUCGGGGUCAAAAGAAGAGUGCUAAAAGUUUGGAUGCACAACAACAAGCACAAUCUUGCCAAGAAGAACCUACAAUCCAACGCUCAGAGCCCAGUUUAAGAACAAGUUCAAAGAGAUUGUUUUCCAAGUUCUUGUUAAAUAAAAGUACUGAUAAUUGUCAUCUUAUCUUCAUUUAUUUGGGUAGGACUAGUUUCAUAUAUAUCUAAUAAUAACAGUGUUUAUGUAAUGUAGUUUAGGAAACUGGCUGGCUUUGAUUAUGAGUGAUUUCAGUGUAUAAUGAAGUUUUUACACAGCUUCUCUUCGAGCAUCUGUUGUGCAUGAACUGAACUCUUUAUGUAGAAACGGAUUCCUUUUU